AUGAUAAGACUCUCUCGUAAUUUGAAAUUGAGCCGAUCUCUCAGGAACGUCAACUUUGUCAAAUGCUACUCCACGGAGUUUAGCGAUCAGCAGCGAGAGUUUUUACAAGAAUACAAAAUUAGACUGUCUCUUGAGAGACUCAUUUAUCAUUAUGCCAGCCAGCCGUUGAGCAAGUUCUCGAUGCUGGCACUCUAUGAACAAUCUAGAAAGCUUAACAAUACCACCAUCUUGCAGAUCGCACAGGAGACAGUAGAGUCGCUUUUGGCUUAUAAUGCCCGUCGUCUUCGAAAGUUCCGGAAUUUGCCUUACUUGGUGAUGUUGAAUCCCGCCAUUUCAGAGCUGUACAAUAUGUAUCUCCAGAGUAUGUCGAUUUUGCUCCGAGCAUCCUUGUAUCCACCAACGACGCUAGAAGAGAACGAUCGUUUCAGCGAGGAAGUUCUUUCGGAAUUCAUUGCCAUCCAUGCCGACGCACUCCCAACCUUGUCGAAGGGCUUCGGUGAGGUCAUGCAUCUUCUUACGGAGACUCAAGUGAAACAGUUUUUGGAUCAACAUCUAUCAGAGCGAAUCAGUAUGCGCUUGAUUGCACACCAACAUAUUCUGCUCUCCAAUUCGCUUCGCUCCACGGAUUUUGAGAAAGGCGGAAACUACAAUGGAGUGAUCAAACUCUUGAAUAUUAGGGAUGUAAUCAAGAAGAAUAGAGACUUUGUCAACGAUAUCUGCCAGAUGAAAUAUGACCAGAUCUGUCGUGUGAAGAUUGACACUAACCUCAAGAGUGGUGGCUUUUGGAAUCUGCGUGAUGAUUUUCCAGACUCGGUGCCCAUGACCAACGACGAUCCUAUAAUUUUUCCUUACAUCGAGUAUCAUUUGGAUUACAUUUUCCAAGAAUUGUUUAAGAAUUCGUUCAGAGCCCAUAUUGAGAACGAGGUAGCAGAGCCUGUCCAGGUUACAAUUUCCACCAGCUCUUCCCCCUCGUAUAUGGAGCUUCGAAUUAGAGACAGGGGUAAGGGUAUUCCUCCUAAGAUUGUCAAGCACAUCUUUGACUAUUCGUACACAACAUACGAAUCAGGAGAGGGUGACAGUUACAAAACACUCAAUGUACCCCCAGGGCUUGGCGGUAACACUGUUGCUGGAAUGGGUUAUGGACUCCCAUUACUGAAGAGCUACAUUGAAAUAUUCAACGACACCUUGAGCUAUGAUCCGGAAGAUGAAUCCCCAAAAAUGAAGGGCCUGUUGAGUGUUCAAUCUUAUUGGGGCUGGGGUACAGAUGUGUACUUGAAAACCGUUGGGCAGUGA